GGUGCUCUCACGGAUCCGGAGUUUUGCUGAUGGUGUUGGUGCAUGGUAGGAGGGUGGCAGGAUCGCGAUGGCCGAGGACGGUGAUGCUACUCUUGGCGGCCAAAGACAAUGGCGGCAGGCACUCGGAUUGUAACAUCACAGAUAUCUGUGGUAACACUAUCGCUGGCUGUCGUUUUAGAGACCAAAUUGGAUAAAAAGCUGUAGGCAAGUAGCCCACAGUGCACCGGAAAGGAUAAACUUCAUAUGGUUCCCACCACCCAUCCUUUCGCCUUCCAACGAGUUGACCGUUUUGCAUGUGAUGCAGCCGAGAGAUAACCGGAACGAACGCUUUUUCUGCCACGCUCAAUUCACACCAUGCAUGUGCAGCGCAGUGCACUUGCACAAGAGGACACAGAGGCCCAUAAAAUAAAAGUGGAACAUCGUUUGCCGAAUUGGUGCAGUUUCUAGCCGGAUCACCCAUCGAGCGGAAGGAAGGAAGCGUGGUCCGACAAAAACUGUGAGAAAAAAGGCAAUCCGUGCGGAUCAACUGGAUAUUAUAUUCCGGUGCGGAUUCUGAUCAGGCAAUCCCAUUUGCUACAACAAUGAGAUCUUCAAACGAGCGUCUAUUUCGCAGAUCAUUUCACGGAGCACAAUCCAAGUUGAUACAAUUUGACGAAAGCAAAGCACCGAAAGUUACAUUCGGCGAGAAUUUCCGAGAGUAUUGCCUGAAUACGACUAUCCACGGCUUGAAGUACAUCGGAACGAUAAGUCUCUCUGCGAUAGAAAGGUGCUUCUUUUUCAUCUCGUUCAUCCUUGUCUCAAUUCUUUCGAUUUACUUCAUCACCAACGUGUAUCAAAAGUGGCAAUCUUCGCCGAUCAUAAUUGGUCUCAGUCCGAAGGCAACCCACAUCAGAGACAUCCCUUUUCCGGCGGUUACCAUUUGCAAUAUGAAUCAAGCCACUCGAACGGCUGCGGAAGCAAUAAAGCCUAACACUCUCGAGAAAGCGAUUCUGAACAGUAUCUGUUCGAUGGAUGGCGAGUUCAAUAUGACCAAUUACGAGGGUAAAUGGUCCACUGUGAAAAAAAUGCUACUCUCUGCUACUCAACCGUGUCACAGUAUGGUGGAAGCUUGUCGGUAUGCGCAGAAUAUCUACAACUGUAGACACAUGUUCCGCCCUGUGUUGACCGAUGAAGGCCUAUGCUGUACAUUCAACAGCGUUGACCCGUCGUAUCUCCUAUGGAACCGGGACUCAACUGCCAACCGUACCCUUGUGCCCGAUAAUCCUUUUGUACCGAUUGAAUGGACGCCAGAAACAGGAUUUAUCGGAGAAGUUACCAACUCGACCUUCCCGAGGUACAUCGCUGGGACUGGGGCUUCCAUGGGUCUCACGGUCGUUCUAGAUGCCAACGUCAAGGACUACUACUGUUCCUCAACAAGUUCGUACGGUUUCAAACUGAUCCUGCACAACCCCACGGAAACUCCGAAGAUGGCCGACUAUGCUCACUACAUCCAGGUUGGGACGGAGAAUAGGAUCGUCGUAACUCCGAAGCUUAGCGAUGCAUCCUACCUGAUCCGUAAGACCUCGCAAGAGACGAGACAAUGCGUUUUUGCCAGUGAGGCCAACUUGUCGUACUUUCGAACUUACUCACGAAACAACUGCGAAAUGGAAUGCGAGGCCCGUUUGAUUCAGGACAACUGCGGUUGCGUAUUGUACUACAUGCCGAAGCUGGAGGAGGACAACAAAAUCUGCAGCAAAGCCGAUGCAGGAUGUUACGAGAAGAUCCGGUCGUCGAUAGCUCAAACGGCGAACAAUACGCUGUCGUGCAGUUGUCUACCGGGUUGUUUCGAGAUCAGUUACUCGAUCGAUCGAUCUUCGGCUGAUCUCUGCGUGGGGAAGUUCAGAGUUCGCGAGAACUUGCUGGACGUUAACGAUUCGUAUGCAAGGGAAAACAUCGCUCUGGUCUACAUCUUCUUUUCCGAGACAUACUUCAGAAGCUUCUCCAAAGGAGAGCUGAUUGGGUUCACCGAAUUCCUGUCGAACGUUGGAGGUUUGCUUGGUUUGUUCAUGGGUUUUUCGUUGAUCUCUCUGGCUGAAGUGAUCUACUUCAUAACCCUUCGCCCACUGUUCGCCAAACGAAAGGAAAAGCAGGAUCGCGCCAAACAAGAUAAUUUCAUACGGGAUCGACACUUCAACACCGUGUACAACAAUUUGUUCCCCGUUCAGCAAAAAAACGGGCAUCAACGGCAUGUGCAUUUCGCUGGAGAAAAUGGCAACCGGGAGGAGCAGGAGGUAAACUCGAUCCAGAAUUUGCCGAAGCAGAUCAAGUUACUGAUCAGUUCUCGAGUUCAGCAGAUUGCGGGUUGGAUGGAUGGCGCCUUUAGGCUGCGCAAAAAGACGAACAACACGAAGCGGAUUUCGACGCUGCCGUUCUACGAGUAGGGAUUUUGAUCAUGGGAAAAAUUGCUUUGCACCGCUUUGGAGUUUUUAAUAAAGCUUGCGACCUGAUGACGACUUGGAAACGACGGAUUUAAUUUCAUGAGCCGAGAUAAAAAAAUAUAUUAAUUGAUGGGGGAGUAGGUGUACAAAUCCUAUCGAUGAUACUUGUUUAAGUUCAAUUGAAUAGUCAACUGUCACACAAUAUGCUAAUUCACUAAUAUCUAGGUUUCGUUUUUGGACUUUGAGCUGGCACGUCUUGUGUUAGACUAAUAUGUACUAAAGUGUGUUUUGUAUGUAGAAUAAAGUAAAUUCAUUUUACAACCUUACCAUCUUACUGAACAUAUGUUUAGCAAGAGAAAGAUUUUUUACAUUUUAAACGGAGUCUAUGGAGUACUAUCUACAAUAAUUACUCGAGAUAUUUUUCUUUUGGGAUUCAUGAAUAACUCAAUGAAUUGCUUCAAGAACUCCUUGAAAAUCCCUUUUCCUUCUAUUUUGUUUUAUUCUUGGUGAACUGCAAGCUUGAACUAAUAAAAAAAAUGUUCAGGGAUACCUCUGACCUAACCUCUGACGACUUCUCCAAGAACUCUUUCAGUGAUUGUUACUGAAAUUUCAAUAAUAAACAAUAAACAGAAUUUACACCGUACUCAAUUCUUUACAAACAUUAUAAG